CAUUUUUAAAGUAUGGGCACUCCUGCUUUAGAGUUUACCAGCAGUGAUUAUAUGGGCAGUGCCCAGUGCCAGGCAGUUACAUUGUUAAAAUAGCAGUGGCAGUUACAUUAACCCAGAGCUGCCCACAAACACUGCGCUAUUGUGCCUUACACUUGGCAGUUUGAGUUCUCCGAUUCUCUCCAUUCACUUGUCUCCCCAGAUUCCCGUAGCCCCUGGUUACUUCUCACUGCACCCUGUGCUAAAUAUAGAAGUUGGCACUUGCACUGCCCAGUUUCCCAAUGACUCUGGCACUUAGUGUGUUUGAAGAAGACUUAGUGCUUGGCAGAUCAGAUCUCUCCUGGCCCCAUAAAGAAUAACUCAGCCCCACAAAAAUAGGAGGAACAGAGAGCCAUGAAAUGAAACACAACCCCUGGGAGGCUGUCGGAGAAGGUUCCAUAUGCCCCUAGUGCAGUCGCUACACACCUUGAUGUGCAUGUUUUAAUUUGUAUAAUGUGUUCCAGCAACAAUAAACCCAGCAACAGACCCCUUGGUUUAUAUUAACAUUAUGUUGAUUGUUUCGCAAGGGCUUUGUAAGGCUAAAGAGGGUUUAUAGUCAGAAAUGGCCAAACUUCUGUUUUUCUUGCACCAGUAGAUGCAGCGACUUUUAGUUGCGACGAAGGCCGACUAGAGCUUGACCUCACCUGCUGUUAAAUGUGCAUCCCCGUUUCAGCCCCAUACCGAUCAUUACACCUGUGCAUCCCUAUCCCAGCCAUUACACCUGUGCAUCCCAGGGUGCAUUCUUGACUGCAUUAACUGUAAUCAGUGGGAGGGGCUGUUUGCCGGCUGCCCUGGGGUGAGGCUCAGUACACAAGGACAGGCAGCCCCAGGUUAAUCUGUCACUUGAAAGCUUCUGAGGAAUGUUGUGAUGAGAGGAUGCUGAUUGGAUAAUCGCCGCCCAAUCAGAAGCGGGCACUGGGUGUAUAGGGGACAGGCAGUUUGGAGAGUCGCAGUAUUGCUGGCAGAGUGUCAGGGUGACUGCAGCUUGCACAGAGUCAGUUAUAACUAAACUCUGCCAAAGGAAUCAAGUGAUUGGGAUUUAGUUGGUUUCCUACUGAUCAUCAGCUCUUGGGAUUAGGAGAGACGUAGCUGCACUGUGGGACAUGGCAGUACAGACUUGCUACCCUCAUUUCCCCAAUUAUGGAUAUGAUUGGCAGGACCACUGUCUCUCUGGGGAACCUGACUUUGACCUGCAGGAAUUCCGAGAUGCAGUCGAUCAGUUUAUUGCAGAUCAGCCCUCUCUCAUGCAGCCCAGUCUUGGCCCCCCAGAAUUUCAGCUCCCAGCCUGCAACGUGCCAGUGUUUGAGCCCUGUAUGACCAACCCCCUGCAAGCUCAGCCGGAGCACCUGCUGCCUAUCAAUGUGCAGACCAUUCCCUCCACGGAGCAAUACUGGAGAGAUGUGGCUGAUCACAACCAGAAAGCACUCGGGGAUGCCUUGGUGGAGAACAACCAGCUCCAGGUGAGUCUGACUGAGAAACAGGAGGAGAUCGUUUCUCUGAAGGAGAAGAACAUCCAGCUAAAUGAACUGGCCAAUCAAGCAAAGCAUCUGUCUUCUGUCCUUGAUAAACUAAUGAAAGAAAGAACAAAGCAAAAUUCCGGGGCAACUCAGGGAAGACUCCCAGUGAAACGAAGCCUAGAGGACUUUUACCCCCAGAGCAAUGAGCCGGACUCUACUCAGGUGGAUGAAAUACUGCGGGAAAUCUCUAAGAAAUGCAAUAUAGCCUUAAUGGGCAGCGACCUCAGUGAACGCAAGCGCCCCAGGCUGGAGCCUAUGGACUCAAAGGAUUGGCAAGAGGAAGGCGUAACGGAAAUUAAAAUGUGCGGGGCAUUUCACGGACUCAAAACAUCGACAGGGCUGAACUCUGUCAACUUGGGUGACACAGAUCUAGAAGAUGUCUCCUUCAGGACUUCCAUCAAAGAGCACAGCACAAUCAGGACCUUGGCAUUUCCCCAAGGAAACGCCUUUACCAUUCGGACUUCUGGUGGGGGCUACAAAUUUAGAUGGGUUCCCAAUUAAGAAUGACAACGGUCAGCUAACUACACUUCCACUAAUGUACUCAGAAAUUCUUGCCUUGUUUUGACCUUGCAUUCCAUUGUGCAGCAUAUCUAACCUGCCACUAGAGGGCGCACAAUUACCUCUUUUUUUCUUUUAUUUCUGUGCUACCGGUACUUUAAAUUUCUGCCAAAUGAAUCCUCAAGUAGAAACCAGCAAAACUGGGAGGCUUUCCAAACUUUUUUUGUAUUUCUUUAUUGGAUAUGAAGGAUAUUUGCAUUGCUAUGACGAUAAAUACUGCUAUUUACAUUUCAGGACAAUAAGGCUGGUUAUCAGAGAUAAUCUGAUCCAUUAAAACCACUGGUGGCUAUGAGUUUUCUUGCAUUAUGAAAAAUGUAGAUGUCCGUUGUUUGUAAACUAUACGUUUUCAUUUGCACUUUGAUUCAAUGAAAGAACAUUUUGUUUGAAUGAACAAAGGAAGGACCUGCCUUCACAGUGUUAAUUAAAAAGCAUUUUUUAAAGUCCACAAUAAGCCAUUCAAUUCAAAAAUAGACACACAAGAUAGCCCAUGAGGGCCAUGACUGCACUGAAAAAGAUAACAUUCCAUUUAUCAGCUAACCAAUUCCCAUCUAAUAAAUGUAAUAAGUAACAUUUUUGGUUUACAAAAUAACAUAUAAAUUACUAUAAAAAAUCUAAUUUGCUACAUUUAUAUUGUUAAUAUAAGAAUGUCUUUGUUAUUUAAACACACUGAUUUUUAUAUUUGUUUUGUUUUUUUACUGCGGUUCUUUUUUGUAUGGAAACUUUUUUUUAAAAUUGUUUUUUAAGUAAAAUAAUUUAUAUGAA